AUGGCCUACACAUACAUUCAAGAACCUGACUGCAAAGGCUCCCCCGAAAGGCGAGACGUAGAAUUCAAAACCUUUGACGGCCUUACUCUCCGCGGCUGGUUCUAUCCUGCUUCCGGCAAACUUUCAAAGUCUCCUGCCAUUGUCGUUACUCAUGGUUGGGGUGCUGCCAAAGAAAUGAACCUCGACGUUGUCGCCAGUCUAUUUCAAAAAGCCGGGCUUGCAUCCCUUAUCUACGACCACCGUAACAUCGGGUCAAGUGACAGCACACUCCGCGGAGAAAUUAAUCCCCAUAAACAAGCCGAAGACUACUAUGACGCUAUCUCCUACCUGAGCUCACUGCCCGAAGUCGAUGCCUCUAAAAUCGCCAUCUGGGGAUUCUCACUCGCGGGUGGCCAUUGUGUAAAGGUUGCCGCUAUCGACAAGCGUGUUAAGGCCGUCGUAACUAUCGGGCCGCUGAUAUCAACCGUUAAGAUUCUAAACCGCAAUAUGUUACGGAGUACGAGGGCUCAAGUGGAUGCAAUGCUUAGGGCUGAUAGAGAGAAUGUCAUCGCCGGUGGUGAGGGUGCGACUAUGUUGAUCACCAGCUCAGACCCUGCUAUACCCUCGUUUGUUCCCACCGAAGACGCACAGAAAUUCUUGUUUGGGCUUCAGAAGACCAAGGCACCGAAAUGGGAGAAUAAGUACACGGCCCAGAGUAUGUUCCAUUUGUUCAACUACAACCCGGAGGGUUAUAUCCAAGCGGUCAGUCCCACACCGUGGUUACUCUUACAGGCGGACGAUGAUAAUCUUUGUGCACCGGAUGUGGUGUUAUCGUUGUUUAACCAGGCAAGUGAGCCCAAAGAGUUGUCGAUACACAAGGGAGGACACUUUACAUUCUUUGAGAAGGGUGUAUUUGAGGGUGCUAUGGAGACAACGAUUGAUUUCUUGAAGAGGAAGUUGGAGUUUUAG